AUGGCCGAAGCAAGCGCCAUCCUCCAACGCGGUAUCCUCGCCCUGGCAGCCAUGGAUUUGGCCUGUGAGGCCGCGUCAAGCCCCGAUAAGAACCUCGCUCUGAUGGCCAUGUAUCGUUCGCGUUCGCUUCGUCACCAACAAACUGCCUUGCCGCAAUUUCGGAGCCUGCUGGAGAACCCCGACCACAGCCAUGCUGACGGCAAGACUAUAUUCGUCUUCUCCAUAUUCCUGCUCUUUCUCGCUUUCGCCUCUGCCCAUUCAGCGGAGACGAAGCCUACCAUCGAUGACAUUCUGGAUCUGUUCGCUCUGUUCCGAGGCCCCAGGAUGCUGUGGAAGAUCGCACAAGAGAACGCAGAUCGAGUCGUGAUUGACGGCAUUUUCCCCAACCGCAUGGCCGAGACCCCGAACAGGGACAAGACGUCAGAAGGGAGACCUUAUCAAUCACUGCGUGCUUUGCCUCUUGAUGAGGCAGCAACUCAGGCUCUUGACAAUCUGACUGAGUCGUGGAAGUUUUCUCAGCUUCAGCCGAGCGAUGUGAGGUGUAUGGCGUGGUUCCCAGCAUUGGUGCCCGAUCUGUUCUGCGCACAGAUACGGCAACGACAGCCUCAUGCGUUGGCCAUUCUGUCGGAAUACGCGGGCAUCCUCAGGCCAUUCCGUGGGCUUUGGUGGGUCCGAUCCUGGGAUCAAGUACUGGAUGAGGCAAUCCAAGUGGUGUUGAGAGAAGAAUCGAUCGCACUUCCUGUUUGCAAAAAAUCAUGA